AAUUCAAAAGAGUAACCCUUUAUAUUUCUCAACAACCACUCAAGUACAUAAACCUUAAUACUCAAAUAACAAGUGUUACCUUAAAAUAAACAUUUAAAAACAUAACCUCAAAAAUAAUUCUACAUAACCUCAAAAAAAAAUACAAAAAUGGCAACAUUCUCACCAUCAAAACUCUACGAAAACCACCAACUGAUCCUCGACCACAUCGACAGCCACAUGUCACAAGACAUCGAGGAUCACAUACCACAAUUCUACAAAAAAUCAUCAAUUUCGUCCACUUCAUCGCCAGAGCCACCGUCAUCACAUUACCAUCAUCAGCAUCAUAUCUACAGACCAGCAAUUCCACAACAACAUCAGCAAUUUCGUGUUAUUAAAGAUGGACGACAAAUGUAUGAAGACAGUGGAUAUCAAGUGUCGAGCAGUGAGAAUUUUAAGACAGAACAUCAACAUCAAAUGGCACCGCCAACAUCAACUGUUGUUGCUGUCAGUAAUGCGCAUAGUAGUGGAUCUGUUGGAUCUAGUGGUGGACAUAAGAUGAAAAUUAUUAGCAAUGAGGAGCCGUCAAGUUCGAUGCCUGAUUUGGCUGAGGUCGAUUCACGUCCUCAACCACAAAUGCAAUGUGGACCAAUCCAAAUGAUUCAAGUGCCCGAAUGUACACAAUCGCACGGUGGUCCACAAAAGAUACAAUCAGUUGCACAACUCCAGCAACAGCAACAACAACAACAGCAACAACAUCAUAUUAUUCAUGUGGAUUAUAAUAAAAAAUUGGGAAUUAAUGAAAAUGGAUUUAAAAUUUCCCAUCAACAGCCGACGACCGUCUUCCAUCAGAAACCGUCAGUCAUUCAACAAAAGUCUGACGAGGACUUAAAUUUAGAAUUCGACGGUACAAAUGUCUUAUGUCGUGUAUGCGGCGAUAAAGCUUCCGGCUUUCAUUACGGCGUGCAUUCGUGCGAGGGCUGCAAGGUGAGUGAACUUUGA